AUGUUCAUCCAAUCCCGUAGACUCACCACCCUCCCAGACUUUACGACAAAAACCCUCAUCCUACCGUCCAUCUCUAAAGGCAACGUCCCCCAACUCGCCUGCGACCUGCUUAUUGCCUCUCUCGGACUGCAGCAUGUGGGAUCGCUCGACCCCAAAUAUCUCGUCCCUGUCGUUGGAGGUCGUGAACGAGGUGAACGCGGCAUCUCGACACCUCUCGAGCUCUUUUCUAGCAAUGAUUCCCCUGUUGCUAUUGUGCAGCAACGAUCACCGGUGCUCAAGGCCUACAAAGAAGAGUUUGUCAAGGAACUAGUUGACUGGAUACAAAAAUUCAGCUUUAAAUCCGUCGUCGUUCUCGCUGGCAUGGACACGACCAACCGCUCAGAUGCCCAGAUGCAAUCACCGUCAUACUAUCUUAUCCCACCGUCGACAUCCUCCCUUCCGGACCAGCUCAGCGAGAGACUUUCGAUUCUACCAGCCUAUGAAGCACCCCCCGUACCUUUGUAUCUUCAGAAGCCAGACAGCAACAGUGCGCAACCAAAGGAAGAUGGUGGUGUGCCAGUCAUCCCAGGAGGCGGCCUCGCUCGUCGAAUCCUCAGCAGUCUAUCCACUGCCAACAUCCCAACGCUAGCGAUUCUCCAGUUUGUCAUGGAAGGUGAUAAUAGAGGGGAUGCGGGUAUGAUGGUCGCCGUUCUCAACCGCGUCCUCGACCUUGACCUGCAAGCAAUAAAAGAGCCAGGAAGCUGGAAGAAUGGUCUCUUUGGCUCAAAUCAUGAUGGCUCGUUGUUUGGUUAA